GUCAGGAGGACUCACGGGAUGACGCCGGGGCGCGGGGAUGCCGCGGAAGAGCUGAGCGCAGCGCCGAGGUCUGGGCCGCCUCAGGCCGAGCGCAUCGCGGCCACUGCUCGCGCCCGGGCCGGGGCUCGGCCGCUGUCGCUGCCGCCGCGGGGAGGACGGGGGUGCUCCCGGGUGCCCCCGUGUCAGCCUCACGCAGCCCCCGCCUUCAGAAGGGAGAGACGGGAGAGAGUGUCUCCAGCGGCGGCCGCUAAGCGGCGUCUCGGCGCCGGCGCCCGGCCCCACUAUCCUCCCUCGGCGGAACAAUGGCGGCCAGAGCUGCGCUCCACUGCGUGCGCCGGGCCGCCCGCGGGUCACGUGGGCGCGAUGGGCGUGGCGCAAGGUCACGUGGGUUGGGUCUUGAGGGCGAAGGUUCCGCGCCUCAGCUCUGUGGCUGUGGUCCCCCGCCUGGUGGAGACGCGAAGCACGGGGACUGGUGACUCCGGACUGCGGCUCGGGAGGCCUCAGUGGUGUGGAGCUAGAGACUUAGUGCCUCAGACGGGUGCUAGGGAGGGGCUCGUGGGAGGCGGGGUGGGGAGAGCGAGGGUCGUGGGGUCUAGGUCGCAGCGGCCCCCGGAGAUGAGGGUCUUUCAUUUAUGAUUUUGGGAUGACGUUGGAGUGGAGCCAGAUUUUCUCCCUGAGGUCAUCGUGCAUAUAUGAUAUGGACAGCCACAUUGUUAAGUGAAAAAAUCAAGCUACAAAAUAAUAUUCUUAAUUAACAUAAAUAAUGAACAAGUAGUAAUUUUCUUUUUUCUGGUACUAGGGAUCAAACUCAGGACCUUGCACUUGCGAGGCAGGUGCAGCAGCACUGAGGUAAAUCCUCAACCCCUGAAAUGUGUAUAUAUACAUGCUGUCUUAGUUACUUUUCUGAUUGCUGAGACAAAAUACCCAACACUCACAAGUUAAGGGAGGAAAGGUUUAUUUAGCUUACAGUUUGUAGAGGUUUCAGUCCAUAGUUGGCUGCUCCAAGGCAGGGUAACACAUGGCAGAGGGGCAGCAGUUCAUGGCGGACCGAAGGUAGCAAACAAGAAGGGACCUGAACAACAUCUUUCUACCCCUUGUAUCUUAUCUAGGCUACUGGGAUUAGGGCGGUGCCAAAUCAGUCAGUGGACUGGUUUAAUCCCAGCAUCACAUACUCUACAUUCAGCCACCUCUGAAAAAGCCCCCUAUGACUGCAUGAGGCUUUGGGGGUACACCAAGACCCAAACCAUAACACAUGCAUAAACAGUAUUUAGAAAUGGAUACACAUGGAUACACAGCUGGAAUGGUAUUCCUCAAAAGCUUUAAAACAGUUUAUAAUGUAUCUAUGAACUAGGAUUUCGAGUGGUUUUUACUUUGUACUUGCUCUUAGCCAAAAGACCGAGAAGCAAUCGAGUGGUUUUUACUUUAUAUAGUCUUCUGAGUUGUUU